AGGUGAGCGCUGGUCCCUGAGUCUCCGGCUCCGCAUUGUUCUUUCUCCGUCUCAUGAGACUCGGGUGUUUCCGCGGCAGGUCAGUGUCGGGUGUUUCCGCGGCAGGUCAGUGUCGGGUGUUUCCGCUACAGGUUUGAUCCUGGGCAGGACUGGCACCGACUCGGUGGAUCUGCUCUGCCCACAACAUGCCCACCUGCCUGAUCCUCAUUCUGCCCUUCAUCCUGGGCACCGUGACCCCUUCUCCGACCAGGAGCCCCUCAGAGAGUGAAGAAUCCCUGGAGCCCAGCGAUGCCUCCCAGCUGGAUCCUCUGUUCAGCUUUACAGAUAAGGAGGAGAGUCUGAAUGAGAUGUUCAGGGAAGUUGAAGAGUUAAUGGAGGACACUCAGUCCAAGCUGCAGAAUGCAGUCAAAGAGAUGGAGGCAGAGGAAGUCUUGGCUCACAGGUUACCAGUAUGGGCCCAGUUACCUGCGAAUUAUCAUAACGAGACCAUCGCGGAGACGGAGAUUGGAAACGAAACCAUCAGCACCCAGAAGGAAAUCAUUAAGAAUACGGAUAAUCACACGAGUUCCACGUUGUACUCAGAGACUGUUAUCACUUCUGUGAAGAGUAACAACAAGAAGCACCAAGAGUGCAUUGUGGACGAGGACUGUAAAACUGGGAAUUACUGUAAUUUUGGAGAUGCCGAAUACAGAUGCCUCACAUGCAAAGUGAUGGAGCCGUGCACAAGGGACGGGGAGUGCUGCGAGGGUCUCUGUGUUUGGGGUCAGUGCUCCAACGUUAUGAAAGGAGACGGGGGAACCAUCUGCGAGAGCCAAGAGGAUUGUAACCCCGGAUUCUGCUGCUCAGUUCACUCAAAUCUCCUGUUCCCUGUUUGCACCCCUCUGCCAUUGAAAGGGGAACCCUGUUUCGACCCGUCCAACAAAUUCCUAGACAUACUGAACUGGGACGUGCAACCUGCUGGAGUUCUGGGCUGGUGCCCCUGCUCCCCCGGACUAGAGUGUCAGCCUCAGAGUCAAACCUCAGUAUCAGUGUGCGAAGAACCUUCACCAGCUGAAGGCAAAAGAUCUGAUUCGGGGUUGCCGGAGGGGAUCCCUCCAUUCGUAGGCAUCAUGCCCCAGGAAGGGCAGUACUAUGAAGAUGGAACACGAUUAUCAGAUGGACAGAAUGGCAGCCCUUCAGAGGAGAGCUUGGAGUCGCUCUAUGGAGAUCAGUCACUGGCCGAAGCCAAGAGAGUCGAUGUGGACCUCCCUGAAGAAAUCCUGCCAUUUGUUGGCAUCAUGGAAGAUCGUGCCUAUGAGGACAGUAACAUAAUGGCAACUCCGGACGGAGCAGAUGCGGGUCCAUUAGAAAAAACGGACGGGGCAGAUCCUGGGUUGGUGGUGGAACAUCCAUUGGAUGAUUAUAAAUAAGAACUAACUCUUAUUCAGACUCCUAAUGACCUCCUCUGCAGCCAAUUUGACCUCUAUCUCACUAGUACGGUUGCCUUAUGCCUGGGUAGCGGGUGGGUAAGGGCCUAUGUAUUGUGGUUGGCGGAUAAUCAUCCACAAUACGAGAGUAACCAAUCGUUGAAGAUCCAAUGAUUGUCUAGUCAUCUCUGUUCGGACACUCACUGCUCAAUGAUUGGGCAAUAGGUUGAUCUUGAUGGACAGUUUUCCUUUUCAACCCAUAUCAACUAUAGAACGAGGUUGAAAUGAAUAAAUGGUUUGCUUGUCCCCAUGUUAAACAACACGAUUUAAUCCAAUGCCCCCCUAACAUCUACCAGGACAACGUAGCCCACUGCAACCUUCAGUCUUCAGCAUCUCGUUUUCUACAUUGCACUAAAUGGUUCAUGGCUGACCAGUUGCUCUAGGUCCCUCCUCUCAUACAGUUUAUCCCCUUUCACCUACAGGGUCAGAAACUGGUUUAGGCAUCAGGAUGUUCCUUCAGGAUUAGAUUCAGAAGACUACCCCGAGGCCUGAAAUCUUGGCCUAAGGUCUAUCAAACAUCUUGGAAUGGGGGAAUGUCUUCCUUUAAUAAUAAUGCCUAGUUUAUUCCAGGUAUUGAACAUUCCUUCACUGCCACUUACAGUUCCACAAAGGAGCUGCCAUAUGGCUUGCCUCAACAUGCUUUAGCGACCACUAGGUGGAGACUAGAUCACAUGGCUAUGUAGAGGCCAGCAAUAUGGUAGGAACUUGCAUAUAAAUGUGCAUAUACUUUGAUAUAGCUGCCCAAGUUUGGCUCCCGUUGUAGCAACUGCCCUGUAUAGGGGCUAUAUAAUGACGCUGCCAUUGGCCAGUAGGGGGGAGACUCAAGCGGUCUCACUCGGAGAUCCUUAAAGGGGUACUGUCAUGGGAAAACAUUUUUUUCCCCAAAACGCAUCAGUUAAUUGUGCUGCUUCAGCAGAGA